UCCAAGAUGGUAUGUUCCAUCUCCUGCUUUGAUCCCCCUGAGAGUCACAGUACCGAUACUGCUGCAUUUCAGGAUGGAGCCAUCCCCUUUUAAUAGAAGGCAAUGGACUUCACAUUCUGUGAGGAUCACCGCCAAAGAGUUGUCUCUCGUCAACAAGAACAAGUCAUUGGCUCUUGCAGAGAGGUUCUCGAGGUACCAAAAGGCAGCUGAGGAAGCAACUGCAGAGAAAAAAAGAAGUAAUGCCGAAAAUCUUCCCCCUCAUUUUAAAAGAGGGACCCUCAGCGUCUUGAAGAAGAAGUGGGAGAAUUCGGUAUUGGGGACGGAAGCUCGGAAGGAAACGCUGCGGAGCAGCUGUGCAGAGGUUAGGCAGAAGGCUGUCAGCCCCGCUGCUGGAACUGAAGGCGGCUCUGUCUCCCGGGCAGAAAGUGACAAAGCCUCAGGGAUUGGUCCUACAUCUCAUCUCCAUUCCUCUUCCGGAGUGACUGGCCAGUUUGGAUAUCCCAGUGUUGACAGCGGAGAGGCGAAAGCCCAUUCACCCGAGAGUGGGAAAAUGGAAAAUUGUCUCAGAGAGACCCAGCAAGAAGUAGACAAGCCUGAGCCCAAUGAAAACCCGGAUCCUUCAGGGAAGAUAGAGAAAUGUAGCGUUCCUCUGAGCAGGCUAAAGAUGAUGUUUGAGAGGGGAGAUGCAAGUCAGACAAAGGUGCUUCGUGACCAGGGCAGGGCUGCUGUUGGUAGGAGGAUCUCAGAGAACAGCUUUUCAUCAGAGGACCUUGACUUCAGUUCUGGAGAAAGAAACCACAACGCCUCAGGUCAUCCUCUAUGCAGCUCUCCACCACCUAGCUCAGAGAGCAGGAAAAACCAGGAGGCGCCUCGUUUGUCUGAAACAUCAGUCAAGGAUAGACUUGCUAAGUACCAGGCAGCGGUAUCCAAGCAGGGCAGCUCCAGCAGUCAGUUGAAUGAGAUUCGAACCAAUGAAAACGAAGUCAAGAAUUACAGUUGUGAGCUGAAAGAAAAUUGGCCUCCAAGCUCUGAAGACUUCUUUCCACAGCAGGACGGGGAGAAGGUUGCCAUAGCUGAUGGUUUGAAUUCGAGCCUCUGUGAAGACAGCACCAUUGGAUUAAACUCUCAGAAAGAAAUCGAAGCCCUGAGGUCGGUCUAUGCCAAACAAAGUCCUGAUUCUAAAGCAUCCAGCCAGACUGAUGCUUCUCUGCCCAAAUCAGUGAAGAAGUUUCAGCUGCCAGCAAAAGAAACAUGCUUUGCGUGCAAGAAGACAGUUUACCCCAUGGAGCGUCUCUUUGCCAACCAGCAAAUUUACCAUAUCAGCUGCUUCCGUUGUUCUUACUGUAACAGCAGACUCACUCUUGGAACAUAUGCAUCUCUUCAUGGGAGCAUUUACUGCAAGCCUCAUUUUAACCAGCUCUUUAAAUCCAAAGGCAACUAUGAUGAAGGGUUUGGGCUUAAGCCACACAAGGAAUUGUGGGCAAGCAAAACAGAGAAUGAAGAAUCCCCAGAGAAGCCUGCUUCUGUUGGGAGCACAACAGAAGGUCCCCAAAGUCCUGGGGUAGAGGAUGCUCCAAUUGCAAAAGUUGGAAUUCUGGCCGCCUGCAUGGAAGCAAAAGCUGCCGGCAUACCAGAGAAGGAAGAGAGACCGGCUGAAACGAAGAAACUGAAGAUUGCCUGGCCACCACCUGCUGAGCAAGGUAGUCAAGGCAGCGUCUUGGAAGAUGGUAUCAAAGUGUUGAAGCCCAAGUGGCCCCCAGAGGAUGAGGUUUCUAAGCUAGAUAAUCAGGAAGAUGUAGACCAAGACCUUAAAAAAUUACGAAGGUCCUCUUCACUGAAAGAAAGAAGCCGGCCAUUUACAGUGGCAGCUUCUUUUAGAACAAUGUCUGUUAAGAGCCAUAGAACUGAAAAUGGAUCUCAUUCAAAAACUGAGAGGGGUGCAGUCAGGCGAAGGGAGGAAUUGCCCAAGGAAAUGGUGGUAGAAGACAAGGUGAGUGAGGAAAACAAGACAGCGAAUCCUGAGAACCCCUCCAGUGUAGAGGAGAUGGAGGAGGAGGCUAAAGAAUUGGAGAAGGAGAAGGGGGAGGCAAGAGGAAGAGGAGAGAGCCUGGUUGCAAAUGGCCAGCGGGGUGCAGAGAUGGAUGAGGAGGAGGAGGGAGAAAAUGUGGAAAAGCCAUCUGAGUCUCUGGAUAGAGCCACAUCAAUUCUUACAUCUCCUACACACACAGUCUUCAGUUCCGCAACCACAAAAGAUUUAUCCCUUAGUCCAAAUCGUAAGUCCCAAGAUGUUGGUUUUUUUGAAAGUGAAGACCUAGAUGAUUUGACAGUGGAAGAACAGAUCAAGAGGAACAGAUACUAUGAGGAUGAUGAGGAGGAAGGAGAAUAGAUUGGCUUUACUAGAGAACUUACUGCAAGGUGCUGGGCCUUAAAUUAAUGUGUGUUUUUAAUUGGGCGGGGGGGUUCUUUUUUCCUACAGUGGCUGCCCUCUGCAGAAAUAACACAGUGCCACAAGUUGACAUAUAAGGGAGCCAUAAACACUUGCUCAGAUUUGUAUUGCAUAGGAAAGUUCAUUGGAACCCUGCAAGAAUGUAAUUAAUUUUGUGGAAAUGAAUCAGUAUACAUUAAAAUCAUUGGUGUGGGGAUAGCUGCUGCCACUUCAGUUGAGCAAACUACAUUUUUUUGAAAACGCCGUUCAGUAUCCUAGUCACUUCUUUAAUAAUUUUAUCUGCUUCCAGUAGCUUGAAAUUUUUACAGGAUCUUGCUAUAAUCUAUGAAGCUGAACUGGAAGAAAAUGGGCUUUUUUGGAGGGGAAGUACACUACUAUUACCACUAAUGAUGAAAUUUCAGUGCUUAGGGACCAGUUCUGAAGGGAGGGCGUGGAGUUUACUUUAAAUGGUGACUGCACUUUAAUGUAUGUGUAAAGGCACAAUUGAUAACUGGGAUACUUUUAAUAGUGAAAACACUGUCUUCUAGAUGUCCAGCAACUAUGUAUCUUAAAUAUGCAGUCGUCAGAGUAAUUUUAGGGGUAUAUGCUUGGCAGCAAUCAGGAGAGAAAUUUCCUUUGCACUUUGCUCUUUUGCAUACAACUUUUGUUGUUGCAAAUCAGGACCUGGGUGAAUUUGAGCCUCCUGGCUGGCCAGUGUGACCAGAUUAGAGCCAUGACUUUUUAAUUUCCAAGAAUAAUACUAAAUUGAAGAACUGUCUGUGUAGAGGGCAAGGCUUCUGUCCACAGUGUAUUACUACUUACAUUCUGUAUUUUGUCGUCCUGAAUCUGUCUUCCUGAAUCAUAUUUUCUACUUGAAAUUUCCACUCUUCUUCCUGACUCUUGGAUGCGAAUCCUAAAUUAAGAAAUUCUACAUGCACCAAACUGCCAGAUUUGAGAGUCAGAAUGAAAAAUGACACAUGCAGAACAAACAAAAUCUGCAUGAUUAAAAAAGACACCAUAGUGAGAUUUUUCUUGGGGCUGAUUCCUAGCAUUAUGUGUUUUAGAGCUUUUCAAUUUGACUGCAUGUAUUUUAUAAAUCAUAGUAUUUUUGAGCUGGGUGAAGGGUUUUUUUCUCCAGUAGUUUUUAAUCUUUUGUAAUGUGUUAAA